AUGCAAUGGCCUAAAGGUGGGCUUAACAUGACCAAUAUAAUAGCCGCACGAACGGGAUUAACUAGUGUUUCAUUCAUAUUGUUCUUCUGGUGUGCCAUCUUUUAUCACUAUAUGGUAUCAGCAGGACGGGUGAAAAUCGAUUGGAUCAACGGACGAUUUCAAGCAAGUGGCUGGUUAGUCCGGAGCUCUCGACAUACCCAUCGAGUAUUUCUAGUACUGUCGUUGGCAGUAUCCUCAGCAGCAGUAAUUCAUACAAGCACUUUACAUGUACUGUUUGAUUUCGAAAGACGUACAUCGGAAUUUCUGAAUCCUUCCUCAUUUACAUGGUCGUUCAGCAUUUUAAAGAUUGACUUCUUUUUCGUUUUAUUAUUUGCCAUUUAUAGUGGCGUACGAUUAAGUUUGGAACCAACUGGACUUUUGAAGAGGUCGAGGAACACUGGUACAGCUACAGCAAGUUCUAUCGUUUCCAAUUCCGAUCAUAGUAAUGAAACUGCUGCUCUUAACUGUUCUGCAACAAGGAUUACACCAACAGAAUCACCGUUGCUAAAACUCCAUAAAUGUCCUGAAUAUAUUGAAGAAUGCAAAAUUUGUCUGCAAUAUGUUGCGGAUCGACAAGUUGGUUGUGGUCAUAUGCUUUGCUCCACCUGUCUGGUGAAAAUAUUGAUGGAGUGCCACAGUAGAAAUCAAAGCGAUGUUCCGUGUCCAUUCUGUCGACAGGAGUUACUCUAUGUCCGCGAGAUUCAAUUCAGCUUACCCGAUCGAAAAGAAUGUCCAAAUGGAAAUCAAGCCUCGGAGAUCCGUUUUACCCAAUGUUCAAUGCGCAAUACUUUCGGAUUGCGCUUUCUUUAUCUAUUCUUCAAUAUACCUUUUUUGUAUCUGCAGCGAGAAACACUUAUUGGUCAGUUAGAAACCAAUCGACGGGACAUCGAAUUAAGCUUCGAUGAACUGGACAUGUAUGAGGAAACACAAGAUGCUAGCUAUGAUAGAUUUAUGGAAAAUAUAGCAACGCGUCGACGUCUUGCCGCUGAAAAAGUUGCUCCUGUACCAGUAUCGGAGAGAUCACAGAAUGGAUUGCCAUUUGGUGAAGGACUUCCAAUACCAUCCGGUGAGCCGCACUGUCAACCUUCUCUUCGAACAUCGUCCAAUAUCUCUACACAUUCGCAAAAUGUUGUAUCUUCUUCGUUUAUCAGGAAGCAUUAUUCAGCAAAUUCAACAAAUCAUUCGGCUGCUUCGAUUACCACCGCAUCUUUCCUACAAGUAGAUAACAGUGAGGGAAUAAACAAAAGCGCAUCUACAAAUGAUGUUAUGUCGAAUCGUGCGGAUAAUAGCGAUGAGGAAGCAAACAGUAUGGUAACUAUGUACGAAGAAGAUGUACCAUUUGAGAACGAAUUGGAAGUUGGGAAAAAAAGCAUGGUACAAAAACGAACGAUAGAAUUGGAUAGUUCUCGAUUACACUCAUCCGAUAGAUGGAGACAUGAAUCACAGACACCGAUAGUAUACAAAGUACCGACUGGUAAUUCAGCAAACAGCAUCACUGGAAGCGAUCAGAAAGAAGUCUCUGUCAACAAAAUGUAUCCGGAAUAUUUAGAUGCUUGGCUCAAUGAUAUCAAAGAUAUCGAGGACGAUACGAAAGUAGUAUAUAGAGAACCAGAUGAAUCAGGCCCAAAUCCUUUGGUUGCUUCUGUGCCUGCAGAUCCAGAGAGUGAAGACGAGAUUGAGCAUCGUCCUGUUACUUCUAUCAGAAUUGAUUAUCCCUGUAUAAGAAAAGACACAAAUGAAACGAAAACAAGAACUGAUAAUGGGAUUGCCGACAUGAAGCCAAAAUCAAAAACGAAAUUUUCAACGAAAAAGCUGUCAACUAGAAAAAGCGACAAAGUUACUCGUAAUAAAGGUAAAUUCGACAAGGAAAGUGAUGGUAGAUAUGCCGAGAUGUUAAAUGUCAGAGAUUUUUUGGAUAAAGAACCUGUUGUGGAUCCGAACAGUUAUGAUCCGUUAUAA